GAGCGGACGAUUGUGGGUGGGCCGGGGGACUCUGGGCUUUCAGAUCACGAAUGGGAACUCGUGAUCCCAGACUGGAUCCUGCUUGACUGGUCUCUGGAGUUUGAGUGUGUGUUGUGGGGGACUUUCCCCAACUCUCCAACCCCAGCCCUGAGGUCAGAGAGUUGGGACGUGGGCCAGACUCAUCUCAGGCCCUGGCGCGGCCCCAGACGCCAGAACCCUCAGCCUGCUUCCUGGGGUGGGGGCGCAGGGGUCUGUGUACCAUAGUGAUAGGUCAGGGAGUGCUGGGGAGAACCAGGGGUUUCUUUUUCCCACAGCUACAAACGCAUUUCUCAAAAUGGAGCCGCUUGCCCCUCCUUCUCUCUUGGGCCUCAAGAGCGGGAGCCAGGCUGGCUAGGCCUGGCUUUCCAGACGCCUGGCCCUCAGAGCCCAGCUUUACAGUUCCUCUGGCUUUCGGAGUUCUUGCCUGCGUAGCUUCAGCGACCCUAACUCAUGUUUCUGCCUCUGGCUCCUCGUGUCUGAGCCUCUUGGCCUCUUUGUCUCUAAUGUCUUCUGUCUCUCUGAGUGUCUACCCUGGCUCUUGCCCUUCCUUCUGGGUCUCACUUUCUGUGUCCCCUGGAAUAGGGACAGCAGUGCCAGUCCUUUCUUCUCUCUAUACUGUGGAGUAUUCUCCAUCCCUAGGCUGGACCUUGUGGGGGCGAUCUCAGUACCUAGCCCUACAGAGAAUGAUGUAGUUGCUUCUCGUACCCAUUUCACUUCCUACCCUAGAUCUCAGCAACUCUUCCUCAAGCUGGACUCCUGUGAUUCUCUGGCUUUAACGCUUAAAGGCACUUAGCGGAGAACAAUAUACAAAGAUAAGCUGGGGAAAGGACGUCAGACACUGUGAUCUCACCUUUCCUCAAACUCUUAAGUUUAAAGAAAAAAAGUUUUAGGGAGGAGCUCCCAUUCACUCCGGUGGCCUUGAAUGUCACCCAGGUGCCAACGCACUCCCAGAGUGCUCACUCAUACUGAUUACUGGAGAUGAACUUUUGCACACUUGUGUAAAAUACAUACAUAGGAAUCCAUGUAACUGUCCUGACAGAAAUGAGCAGGUUCUAUAGAGAUUUGUGUGUCUCUGUCUCUCAAUCUUGAGAGGCUGGAAUCAAUGCUCCCCAAAGAAAUGAGGAUUUCAUGCCGAGAAAAGAAAAUGGCUUAUUGAGGAUGGCUGACUGAAACUGACUUGGGGCCCAAAUUUGGUGGUAUUUACACAAAAAUCAAGGAUAUGUGGACACACUGCUAUAUCUAUGCAAACAUUUUUUAUUUCAUAUAGUGACAGAGCCCACAGAUUCAUUUGUUACAUACACGUUAAUAACGUUUGUGUGCUAAGUUAUGAAACUCAUACCCUUGUAAAACAUAAGAAUUCACACAUACAGCCUGGCAGUGGUAGUAACCCAUGCCUGUAACUCCAGCACUCAGAAGGUGGAUUUCUGAGUUCAAGGCCAGCCUGGUCUACAGAGGAAGUUCCAGGGCAGCCAGGAAUACACAGAGAAACCCUGUCUUGGAAAAAAACAAAACAAAAGAAUUCACACAUACAGCUGGGCAUACAAGCACAAGGUUAGAAUCCCAGCUCUCUGAGGCAGGAGGAUCCCUGAGUUUGAGGUUGAUGUACCUGUGGUACAUAGCACAGCCCUGUUUGGUUUUGUGAUAUCCCUCUACAUCACACAAACACACACACACACACACACGUAUGAAUGUACUGACAUCUGUCUAAACCCACAUCGACUGACACUGCAUGUUUUCAUGCACAUUCUCACAGAUACAGUUCAUUUUUAUGGUCCUGUCUACGUCCUCACACCCGCGAGUAAAUGUACACAGACACACUCUGCUCAUGGAACCCUCUGUCCACUCCUUGGCCCCUGUACUACGUGAUGACUUCAGCAGAUGCCUAAGUCUUGGUCAUCAGCAGCCUUGGGACUGGGAGGGAGUUCCAGGCGCUGGCUUGCUGUCCUUUCCAGGAAGGAGCAGGACUAAGGGAGGUGGAGCCAUUUUACUUGAGAUCGUACCAAAAGUGGUGAUGGGCUCCUGCUCAAAUUCCAUAGGGGUUAUUCUGAAGAUCACCUAAAGCGGGAAGGUUUAUAAAGGUUGGCAGUGGGACAGGGCCUGUGUAGGCUCCCUUAGUCCCGAGUGAUGGCAGAAGCUAAGAGUUGACAUGGAAACAAGCACAGCCUGCAUCAACCUCUGGGAGGUAGGAGACCCCCCCAGAGGGCACCUGUGGGUUCCUAAGACCUUAGAAGGUUUCCUGUUUGGCCGGCUCCACCCUCGAUGUCGCCUGAGUGUCUGGGAGAGUGUCUGGGAGAAACUGAGGCCCAGCAGUGGGAGGCUGGACAGUGCCUAGCUUUGGCUCUUUGUUCCCUAAUUACCAUCUGAGUUGCUGAUUGCAUCCCUGACGUGUCCUCUGCCCAAACAGCCCAGUAAUGAGGCCACCUGUCCCAGGAGAGUAGGGACCUGUACUGGGAGCUAGUAGUUAGGGAUCUCUGCCCAAUCUGAGUCUUCGGCUAUAUAGGGGAUACAGAUUUGGGCUUAAACUGGGUCUUCUCUGCCAAGGCACCCUGUAUCACCCCUUAGGUAUCCCAUUCCUUUGUCUCUGUUGGAUCAAGUUAUUCCUUAGCAUUGUUCCAGACUAGAGUUGAGGCCCAGAGGAACUUGAGGUUCAUGCCAGUUCUUGGAUAGGAAGCCUUUUUACUCUAUGGGGAAUGUUCUGUUAGGAGAGCAUCAGGAGAAGGCCUGUAGGGGGAGGACCCUCAAGGGACUCUGACACCAAUGCCCUGCUCACAGGUUGCCCUGGAGGCCCCUGGCCAGGCCUGAGCCUCUGCCACCAUGGCCAUUGUGCACACUCUGCCAGUGCCACUGGAGCCCGCACGUGAGACAGCCACUGCCCCACAAACUCCAGCAAUGGGCAGCGUGAGCAGUCUUAUCUCAGGCCGGCCCUGUCCUGGGGGACCUGCUCCUCAACGCCACCAUGGUGUUCCUGGGCACACCUUCUUCCGUCAGCAGGAUGGGCUCCUACGGGGCGGCUACGAGGCACAGGAGCCACUUUGCCCAGCUGUGCCACCCAGGAAGGCUGUCCCAGGCAACAGCUUUACCUAUGUCAAUGAGGACUUCCGGACAGAGUCACCUCCCAGCCCAAGCAGUGACAUUGAAGAUCCCCGAGAACAUCAAGCACACAAUGCCCACCUCCGUGGGCCCCCACCAAAGCUCAUCCCUGUCUCUGGAAAGCUGGAGAAGAAUAUGGAGAAGAUCCUGAUCCGGCCUACAGCCUUCAAGCCCGUGCUACCCAAACCCCGGGGCGCGCCAACCCUACCUGGCUUCCUUGGUCCUCGAGCUGCUGGGUUAUCUGGGAGCCAGGGCAGCCUGACACAGCUGUUUGGGGGGCCAGCCUCUUCCUCUUCCUCUUCCUCUUCCUCCUCUGCUGCUGACAAACCCUUGGCACUGAGUGGUUGGGCCAGUGGCUGUCCUUCAGGAACAUUGUCAGACUCUGGCCGAAAUUCCUUAUCCAGCUUGCCUACCUACAGCACCGGAGGUGCCGAGCCAACCACCAACUCCCCAGGUGGGCACCUGCCCUCCCACGGCCCUGGCCGAGGGGCACUGCCUGGUCCAGCCCGAGGGGUCCCUACUGGGCCCUCCCAUUCAGACAGUGGCCGGUCCUCCUCCAGCAAAAGCACGGGUUCCUUGGGGGGUCGUGUAGCUGGGGGUCUCUUGGGCAGCGGUGCCCGGGCCUCCCCUGGCAGCAGUUCGUGUGGAGACCGCUCUCCACCCCCUCCACCGCCUCCGCCCCCUUCGGAUGAGGCCUUGCUACACUGUGUCCUGGAAGGGAAGCUUCGAGACCGAGAGGCAGAGCUGCAACAGCUGCGGGACAGUAUGGAGGAGAGUGAGGCCACCAUGUAUCAGGCAUUUGGGGCACGGCAGCGGCGCUGGCCCCGAGAUCGCGAGGACUGUGCAGCCCAGGCACAGCAGGCUACGCAGCGCGUCCAGCGGGCCCAACAGCUGCUGCAGCUGCAGGUGUACCAGCUGCAGCAAGAGAAGCGCCAGUUGCAGGAUGACUUCGCCCAGCUGCUGCAGGAGCGAGAGCAGCUGGAGCGCCGCUGUGCUACCUUUGAACGGGAGCAGCGGGAACUCGGGCCGCGGCUGGAGGAGACCAAGUGGGAGGUGUGUCAGAAAUCAGGUGAGAUCUCCCUGUUGAAGCAGCAACUGAAGGAAUCUCAGGCAGAGCUGGUCCAGAAGGGCAGUGAGCUGGUGGCGCUUCGGGUGGCCCUCCGAGAGGCCCGGGCUGCCUUGCGGGUCAGUGAGGGCCGUGCCAGGGGCCUGCAGGAGGCAGCCCGAGCUCGGGAGCUGGAGCUGGAGGCCUGCUCACAGGAGCUACAGCGGUACCGCCAGGAGGCUGAGCGGCUCCGGGAGAAGGCCGGGCAUUUGGAUGCUGAAGCAUCAGGACUCCGCGAGCCCCCUAUCCCCCCUGCCGCCACCGACCCAUUCCUCCUGGCAGAGAGUGAUGAGGCUAAGGUGCAGCGGGCAGCGGCUGGGGCAGGGGGUAGCCUGCGGGCUCAGGUGGAACGGCUGCGCCAAGAACUGCAGCGGGAACAGCGGCGAGGAGACGAGCAACGGGACAGCUUUGAGGGGGAGCGGCUGGCCUGGCAGGCCGAGAAGGAGCAGGUGAUCCGCUAUCAGAAGCAGCUGCAGCACAACUAUAUCCAGAUGUACCGGCGUAACCGGCAACUGGAGCAGGAACUGCAGCAACUGAGCCUGGAGCUGGAGGCCCGGGAGCUUGCUGAUUUGGGCCUGGCGGAACCAGCCCCUUGCAUCUGUCUGGAGGAGAUCACUGCCACUGAAAUCUAGGGCUUUGCCAGGGGUGCAAGCCACGGGACCACCUGCCCUAGGAUCCACUGAGCACUCCAGGUCUUAGAGCUAAAGGGCCUCUGCUGAGCCGAGGGUGCCGAGGGUGGCCCUGUAACUUGGAGAAGCAGAAUCAACCCUCCGUGUCACUGUCACCCAGAGGCUCCUCCCCACUCUGCCAUUUCACUUCCCUACUGUCGCCACUGCCAACCCACUCCAGCUGGGAAAGAGGCUCCCCUGUCUCCACAUUCUACCUGCCUGAAGCCAGAGAGAGCCAGAUGGCACCAGCUGUUUCAGAUGUGCCUGCCCUCAACAUGCCCACAUGGAGGGGCAGGGCUAGGAAUGGGGGGUGAUCCCAUUGUCCCAGCUCUGCAAGCCUCUUCUGGGCUGAGAGGGCUGAAGUCAGACCAAAGGAAGAACUCAGCAAUGUCUUUGUUUAUUUGUGUUUGUGACCAAGCCGCCCUCCCUAGUUCCAGGGUUACGGCCUCGUUUUCCACUUGUAUAUUUUUCACAUUGUAAAUUUCUUGUACAAACCCAAAGAAAAAAAAUUUUAAAAAAAAGUUUUGUU